CGCCGGGCCAAGUCGAAUCGAACAACCCGGGUUCCUGCCAAAUAACUCCCACUUGAUGCGCACAAGCACACGCGCACCAACAGACAUCCGCGGAUCAGUGCAUGGGGGGGUGCCCAGGCUGCUCCUCUAUGUCGGUCGAGUACCUGGGCAGCGCAAACGAGAAGCGGCACAAGCCGCCGCAAAGGCCAGGUCAAGUCGGCCUGGCUCAGCUCGGUCUCCGCGCACGUCACCCUAAAUCCUCUGCUCUGCCUCCUGACUCUGCCGCGGCUGGCCUGUCCUCGCGCCCACCUUCCUCCUGCAGUUGCGGAAAGGAGCGGUAAUCAACCACAUACGAGCCUCGGCGCGAGCCCGAUGCUUACGUCUAGAAUCUCCCCGACUCCGGUUGCCCCCGGAUCACCCGAGGCUGCUUCACGAUAACGGCAAUCUCCCGCUAGUCGCGGUGGGUGUUGGCCUUGUGUUUGUAAUCAGAGGUAUACAUGUGGCUGGGCUCCCAACCCGAAGCGGUGAGAAUGAAUAUCGUGGAAGCUUUCGCUCAUCUUUUUGUCUGUCUCGUCCCGGUUAUGACCCCUCCCAAGAUCCUCCCUUGCUUUCAUCAC